AGCUCUUCAUCUGCUCCCCGUCCUCAUCACACAGAGACAUAUUUAGAUAAAUAGAGCCACGAGGGACAUGUCAGAUUACAAAUAUAGUAUUGAAAUGACAGCUUUAAACUGUAGCCCGAGUACUUUGAAUGAACUGUUUUUUAUAGUCCAAGCAGUGUGCUGUAGCUGGAGUAUUUAGUUUUUUUAUCAGGCUCAAGCUGCUACACAAAUGUUCCCUUUUAACUAUUUAACUACUAAUCACUGGGUUCUUUAAUCUGCCUUGUUUCUUGACUUUAACAGAACUUUGUUCUUGUUGCUGCUGUAUCCUCUGUUGUGUGGUGUUCAUGCUGAAUUAUUUAUUGUGUUGACGUAUAAAGGUCAAAAUCCUUGAUAGAUGAUAACGCAUGUCUCCGUGACGAUUCAUCCAGAACACUCUUGGCUCUUCUGAUCUGUGUCGACUUCAUCAAAAUGUAAUUCCUGACUUUGGAAAUUGUAGUUUAACACUUUGACAAAACGAUUCACAGUUUAUCAUCCACUUACCUUUCAGAGGCAGUUGAGACAAACUGUCGUGGAGAGUUUGGACGUCAUUGAUCCAUCUGAGGUUCUUCAAAGCCACCAGACUCUGUUGGAAAAAAACCUGUAAUUUAACUUUCCAGAACAUGCUGGUUUCUGGUCUACUGAUGCCUUCAUCGCUCUGCUCUACGCCACCAUCUUUGGAAACGUGACCACCAUCUUCCAGCAGAUGUACGCCAACACCAACCGCUACCACGAGAUGCUCAACAACGUCCGGGACUUCCUGAAGCUCUACCAGGUCCCCAAGGGGCUCAGCGAGCGGGUCAUGGACUACAUCGUCUCCACCUGGUCCAUGUCCAAAGGCAUCGACACGGAGAAGGUCUUAUCCAUCUGUCCCAAAGACAUGCGCGCCGACAUCUGUGUCCACCUCAACAGGAAGGUGUUCAACGAACAUCCUGCGUUCCGGUUAGCCAGCGACGGCUGCCUGCGCUCGCUGGCGGUGGAGUUUCAGACGACCCACUGCGCCCCCGGAGACCUGAUCUUCCACGCCGGCGAGAGCGUUGACACCCUGUGCUUCGUCGUGUCGGGGUCACUGGAGGUCAUUCAGGACGACGAGGUCAUUGCCAUCUUAGGUAAAGGCGACGUGUUUGGCGACGUCUUUUGGAAGGAGACCACGCUGGCGCAUGCGUGCGCCAACGUCCGAGCGCUGACGUACUGCGACCUCCACGUCAUCAAGAGGGAGGCCUUGCUCAAGGUGCUGGAGUUUUACACCGCCUUCGCCAACUCCUUCUCCCGCAACCUCAUCCUCACCUGCAACCUGCGCAAGCGGAUCAUUUUCCGGAAGAUCAGCGAUGUGAAGAAGGAGGAAGAGGAGAGGCAGCGGGCGAAGAACGAGGUGCAGCUCACCAUCCCGCAGGACCAUCCGGUCCGCAAGCUCUUCCAGAAGUUCAAGCAGCAGAAGGAGCUCCGCAACCAGGGAGGCGCUGCCACCUCGCAGCUGGACCUGGAGAAGAACCUGCUGCAGGUGGAGCAGCACCACCUCCUCCACCACCACCACCAGCAGCAGCACCUGCACCCCAACAGCCUGCAGCUGGGCCACUCCAGCCUGCAGCACUCCCUGCCGCUCAGCCUGCAGCGGCCCCCGUCCUCCAUGCAGAACGGGGCUCCGCCCAGCAGCAGUGUGCUGACCGUGUCUCAGGUGACGCCCAUGCAGAGCUCGCUGGCGUACAGCCCCCCCGGCGAGCCCCCCGUCAAGCAGAACAACUGCGACAUCAUGGAGCUGCAGCCCAGCUCGAGUGGAGGCGGAGGCGAGCCGACCGUCAGGGUCAAAGUCAGCACCAGCCCCGCGUUGGCGAAGCCCGUCGUCAAGGCCAGCGGCUGGAUGCGCCUGAAAGGCAACACGGCUCCGGUGGAGGCCAGGAAGGAGGGGCUUAACAACAACGUCAAGGCCGUCUCUGUGGAGAUGCUCUCCCAGGAGGGCAAAGGUCAGGAAGCAGGAGGGGGCGGGGAUGUGGAGGAGGGCCGGGUGCCCAGCAACAAUCCCCUCCGGAAGACGGACUCCUGCGACAGCGGCAUCACCAAGAGCGAGCUGCGGAUCGACCGGGCGGGGGAGGCGCUCCUCCACAGCCCUCUCCCCGGAGGAGCGGGGUCCCCUCACCCUUUCUGCCCUGUGCCGGAGCAGGCCCUGCAGGCCGCGCUGCACGAGACCCGGCUGGAGCUCCGGGGCGACAUCCAGACUCUGGGGGGCCGUCUGGGCGCCCUGGAGAGUCAGGUAGCGGAAAUCAUCAAGAUGCUCUCGGACAAGAAGCGUCCAUCCUUGGGGGCGCCGUCGGCCUCCGCCACGCCCAAAACCAAAAUACAACGUCAGGACAUUUUCACCGUUUCUAGGCCUGUUUCUCCGGACUCAGAGAAGGACGACGGGCUCUGAAGAGAGCUCAACCAGUGGUGUGGAGAGAGAACCGGAGCACACGUGUGAUCACGUGGCACAUUGUUCUGCUACGAUCGUGAUUAUCAGUUCAAGGGUUUCUUUUGGUGGGCAUCCAGCGCUGUCGGAUCCAGUUACGCCACUGGUCUUUAACAAACACUGGCUUCUUUAACAUUUGCACACUGACUUCUAUCUCCAAGUCACGCCAGAGUCCAGCACUCCGGCGUGACGCGGGUCCCGUUUUUUGUGAUUGUACAGACCUCUCUAUGCAUGUCCAGCUGGAUUCUGGCCUGCCAAAGAAACAACGACUGACCGUACUUAUUGCCUGUAUAUUAUGCAGUUGACUGCAUGCAGAGUUUAAAGAGAUGUUUUAUUGAGCUACACUGUACAUAUGAAUAUUUUUCAUUGAUAAUUUACUAUGUGGACAUUCAGGGUUUGCAUACUGGUAGCACUAUAGACAUUCAGUAACAAAAGGGUUUACUGGCAAAGGGAUUGUGCAUGGAUUAUUUAUUAAUAGAGAUGAAAUAGAAGCUUGAUUCUCAAAUGUGAUGAAGAAGCAUCCCUCAACACACGAAGGGAAGUUUCUGGUAUGUUUUAUAUAUUAAUUAUCAAUUUUGCUUCUUAUAAUAAUUUAUAUUUUUGAUUACGGAGAUGCCCUUGGCCUCAGUUAGUUGUCGGGUGAAACCUUAAACGGUUAUUUUGUUAGAAUCCUCCUCGUGUCUAUGCAUCGCUCGGGUACGCCGCUUGAAUAUAAUAUCAUUUUUUUGUUUUCAUGUCGGUGAAUGUUUGUUUCUUCUUCUUCUGUUCGUUCCAUUCCUCUGCAUGAAUCAGGGAUGGCUGAAUGCACUUUGGGUGAAGGCUUUUUGGGGGAAAUAGCACGAAGUUUAGUUCACAUGAAGGUCCACUCAGCACAGUGACGUGUAAUCCCACACAUGGCCGUCUUAACCAGCGAGCGUCGCGCUGAACAAAGAAAACCCGGCUCAGAAUUCCGUUAACCACGGCAGCUUCACCGCAAAAGAGCUCAAGUGAUUAAACAAAUGGAAUCCUGUACUUUUUAACGAUAUCGGUUGUUCUAAAGCUGCAUGCAAAGGAGUAGUUUUAUGCUCCGUAGUACGUACACACACACACACACACACACACACACACGCACACUUCAUGCACAGUGUCUCUUGAUGUGAACCCUGACGGCCCGCUGAGACUUUUUUUCUUCACAGAAGGCAGAUGAGUCGUUUUUUUGUCUGAAGUCGAGGUUUUUCAGGUCUUGUUAGAUUCU